AUGGCCACUGACAAACACCCCGAAGUCCAACAGCUCGCUUCCAACAAGCGGGCGCGGCAUGAGUACCACAUCCUCGAUCGGCUGGAAGCCGGCAUGGUGCUGACCGGCACCGAGGUCAAGUCCGCCCGGCAAGGCAACGUGCAGCUCAAGGAGAGCCACGUCGAGCUACGCAAUGGCCAGGCCUGGCUGAUCGGCGCCCACUUCAGCCCCUACAGCCAUGGCAACUACAACAAUCACAACCCGGAGCGUGAGCGCAAACUGCUGCUCAACAAACGCGAGAUCGAGCGCCUAGAUGGCAAAUCGCAGGGCAGCGGCAUGACCGUCGUGCCGCUCAAGAUGUACCGCAAAGGCAACCGGAUCAAGCUCGAGAUUGCCCUGGCACAGGGCAAGAAGCUGUAUGACAAACGCGAAACCGAGCGCCGCCGAGAGCUCGACCGCGAAGCCCACGAAGCGAUGAAGAACGCCGGUCGCGUGGUUGAUUGA